AUGAAAUAAUAGUCAAAUAGAAAAUUGUUUGAGUUAAGACAGAGUGUGAAGCAAUCUCUAUUCUUAUCAUUGAAGACAGAAAGAUCUCAAUACCCGACUGAAACUAAGAGAUCCAAAUCAAUAACAUAAUGGAAAUAAUUUACAUUCUUUAAAUAAAAUCAGCAAUCAAAAAUCACCAAAUUUCAUGAUGUUUAUAAGGUCACUAAAAAAAUUGGAAUUGGUGCUCAUGGUGUUGUUAAGAUCUGUUAUAAAAUUUUAGAUUAACUAAAAAUAAACUAUGCUGUUAAAAAAUUAUCAUGUCAAAACGAUCCUGAAUUAAUACGAACUAUCAUUUAAACCUUUAAUAUCAAUAGAACUUUGAAUGAUAAUCCCAAAAUAAUCAAAUCAUAUGAUUUGUACAUUGAUGAAAAUGAAUAAGUUGCAUAUUGGGUGAUGGAAUAUUGCAAUUAUAAAAGUCUCUAAUCAUAUAUGUAGAAAUCAAUUCCUGAUGUGGUGAUCUAAUAAAUUAUGAAAUAAUUGGCUCAAACUAUAACUGAAAUCCAUAAGAAAGGCAUAUGUCAUAGAGAUUUAAAACCAGAUAAUAUAUUAGUAAGACUCCAUGGUUAAAUUGAUAUCAAAAUUAUUGAUUUUGGUGUAUCUAAAAAAUUCAUGGUCAAAAAGAAAAAUGAUAAAAUAUAUCAUGAAAUGUGGACAAGAACUGGUUCAUUACUCUAUUAAGCACCAGAAACAUUUUUAGGUGGAGGAUAUGAUGAAAAAGGUAUAUCAACAUUAUUAUAUAUUAGUUGAUGUAUGGAGUGUUGGUGUCAUCUUGUAUUAAUUACUUUGUGGUAAAUUUCCAUUUUUUUGCGAUUCUAAAUUAGAUACAAUAGAAUUGAUUACUGACCCCAAUCUCACUAUUGAUUAAAAUAAGGAAUUAAAAUUAUUAUAACCACUUUAGGUAGAUUUAUUAAAAAGACUCUUAAAUAAGAAUCCAGAAAAACGAUUGAGUGCUGAAGAAUUUUCAUUGCAUCCUUGGAUCAAUGAAAUCAGCACUUCAAAAUCAACUUCAAGAGAUGACUUAUAAAUUAACAAGAAUAAUGAAAUAACUACUUCUGUCAAUCUUGAUGCAACAUCAAUAAAGAUUGAUUUCUCUAAUCAUAUACAUUAUGCUCAUAAGUAAUUCUAAGAAUUGAUAAUAUAAAUUAAAGAUCAUGUUAUAGAGGAUUCUUAAAGUAGAAAAAGUAGCUAUUAAAUACCUUCAGCCCAUACAUCAUAUGAUGUAUCUCCUAUUAAUUAAAUAGAUGAAACUAAAUAGUAAAAAUCUAAAAAAUGA